AUAGAGCUCCGUUUUAAAGAUAGUCGACUCACUUUCAUGCUAUGCAAGUGUAAAAGCAAAAUUCAGUUAAAAUAGUGAACAAAAAUAAAUUAGUAUAAAAGUAUUAAAACGAGUAAACAAGAGUCCGCGAGCAAUGGCCACCUCAACGCUGCAAUCUCCGUCCCCGUCGCCAUCAACCGCCUCCGUGUCGUCCAAGAAUCCGCAGCUGAAGCGCGUCGUGUACUCCAAGUAUCGGGAACUACUUGGUUCUUAUAAUGAUAAGGCCAAUGCCAUCAUCGACACUCUGCCCGCAUAUAUGGUUCGUCAGGAUCGCGGAUUUCAGUUGUCGGAGCUGCCCGUGAACGGGGAUGCCAAUCGCAACGGCCUGGAAUCAUCGUAUGGACAGCGCGGAGGAGGCGGAUCCGGAAACGGUGGCUACGAAGCGCCCGCGUGCGUACAGAACGCGAUGAUGACAAAAGACAAGAAGCCCUUCACCUACACGCCCGGCGGCAUCGAUCUCUCCCAGAUCCGGUCGGAGCGGAUGGCCAAGCGGUUGGCGCGCAAUGCCCAAUCGGAAGGAGCCACCGGAGCCGCCCAACAGAACAGACCCGCCCAGCCACAGUCGCCAGGUGGGCCAGGUGGUGCAGCCAGUGCGAUUGGAGCCGCUGCCAUGGGCAUGCCGUUCCAGGUGCUGCCGCCGCCACCACCGCCGCCGCAACCACAGUCGGGUAAGAAUGGCACCCAAGGUGCUAUCGCCGCACCCCCACCACCACCCCCACAACAACCCAGCACAUUAGCGCCACCCACUGGGCGCCUAAGUGCCCCUGGUUCCCCGGCUACGGCGCGCAAAUCGCCAACUCCACAGCGUUUUGAGCCACCGCCACUGGGAUUCCGGCCGGAGAUCAAGAUACCGCCGAAUCCUAUGGCUGCACUGCGCAAGGUGGCACCGCCCGUGGAGAAGAACACGUUCUGGAAGGACGAGUACAUUAAGGAUCGCUCCAAGAGUCCGCUGCCCGAGGUGGUUCCUGCUGCGAAUGGAGGAUAUAGCAGCACCACAGCCGAUGCCGUUGAUGGUCCAAGACCAUCGGCGGCUAGCGUUGAAAGCAGCUACAGUCCUUACACGCCGACUCAGCAAGUGCCGCCCGUGGCCAAGAGUCCACCGGUGCAAUACCAACAGCCAACGCCACCGGCAACACCGCCGCAGCAGCAACAGUCGGAGCAGCCACCUGCAACACGUCCGGAGUUCCGCAGUGUGCCCAUGCCCACAUCGCCAGCGGUGAACGUCUACACACGUCAAACGGACAGUCCCAGAUCGCCUUUCGAGCCGCAGCAACAGCAGCAGCAGCAACCACAGCGAUCCACUGAGAGCCCCUUCCGGUUCGCACAGCAGCAACAGCAACAGUCACCGCAGCAACGUCCACCAACAGCGAUAUCGCCGCUGGCUCAGGUGCAGCAGCAGCAGCAGCAACAGCAGUUGCAACAGCAGCAGCAACAGCUACAGCAGCUGCAGCAACAGCAGUUCCAGCAGCAACAGCAGUUCCAGCAACAACAGUUGCAGCAGCAGCAACAGCUGCAACAGCAGCAACAGCAACAGCAGCAACAGCAACAGCUGCAGCAACCGGCAGCUCAAUCAGUACCAUGGCGCACUCAACGUGCUCAGCCUGGAGCACAACAGCAACAGGACUCGCAUCCACAACCCAUCUACAACAAUGUUCAGCAGCAGCAACAAAGAUCUCGCGAUGUCUUCAGUCCGGCAAGGAAUGAAACACCGGCAGCAAACACGUUCAAUUCACAGCAGCAACAAAACCAAUUUGGUGGAGCAGCAAAGCCGACCAACGUUGGAUCGCUUUACAUAGCUCCACUGGCCCAGCCCACUGAACCGCAGGCUCAACGAAUCCUUUUGCAACAGCAGCAGCAGUCAUCUGCUCGGGAUUCUCCCAUGCGCCAACUUCCACAGCAGCAGCAGCAGCCACAGACCAACCAACCGAUGAGAUGGCUCAGCUCACAGCCGGCUAGCAAGGAGCAGGCACCCUGGGCUCGUCCCGAGGAGAAUGGCAACGUCCUGCCCUCCACCUUGCGUCAGACCACCCCGGCACCGCAGCCCCAAGUAGUCCCUCAACCGCAGCCACAGCAGCAGCAGACCACCUUCUACCAGCCGCAGUUGGUCCAAGGUAAUGGCUACGGACCAACUUCGGUUUCAGCCGCUCCCAUCAGUCUGCAGAAUUUCGGAUCAAAUCCACAGCCGGGAGGACUACGUUUGCAGAUCAACCUAAACACCAAUGGCAACAGCAGCAAUAACACAAAUCAAAGUGCUCCACGGGAGCGUAUCAUACCGAUAACUCUAGAGCAGACGCCGACGUAUGCCGCAGCCCAGCCCAACUUUGGUGCGCCUGCAGGUCACAUAAUACGCUCAGCUAAUCAAUUUGUCGAUCAAGGUUACCAGAAUUACCCACCACAAGCCCAGCGAUUCCCAUCGCCCAAUCAGCCAACGAGUACGAGUAACAACACCAAUGGCAACGCCACCCGGUUAAUCCCGAUAGCCAUCGAGGGAGGACGCGGCGGUCCAGUUUCCCAGUCGCCAGUGCUGCUCCAGAACGAUCCACGCUCACCGCCCAUCCAAUCGAAAUCGUUUAGAAUAUUGCAAAAGAUAACCGACACCGUGGACGAUGGCAGCGGGAAUGGCGAUAUGCGGCAGGACAUGCAGCAGACGCCCCAGGAGGCGGAGCUGCAGCGGCCGCAGUUCGCCCGCCAGAUGAGCGCCCAGCAGGCCAGGAAUAGUCCGACCAUCGAGCAGAUGCGACGCCUGCAAAUUGGACAGGAUCAGCAGAAUAACCAACAGCAGUCGGGUACGCCACUAGUUUGGUCCCCGCAAGGUAACGGAGUCUCCGCUCAGAACCGAUUUACGCAACAACGAUAUGAUACCCCCCAACAACAGCAAUAUGUGCCGCCAAGUGAACAGCAAGCUCCGGAACCCAAAAAAUACACAGGCAGCGCUAUACCCAGUCGAUCAUUCAAAAUUCUACAGGCAAUGACAACACCUGAAAAUGCCGACCAUAAAAUUCACACCGAGCUGGACUCGGAUUUGGAAAAUGUUGAACUGAACGAAUCCCCAAACAAUAAUAAUAAUAAUAAUAACAGUAACAACGGAAGUACUGAAAAUAAUAAUAAUCAUAAUAAGAUUAACAGUAAAACCAAUAAACGUCAUAGCUACACUUCAUCCACACCCACACCCUCACCAUCAACCUGCACAGAUCCCACCACCCAUUCAUCAAACUCAUCUCUUAGUUCGGAUAGCUCUUGUCCCCCACAGCCAACUCGAUCGCAAUCGGUUCCACCCCAGUAUCCAUAUGCCUACGGGUAUCCGUAUCCAUGGUACAUGCCACCUCCUCCACCUGUCAACGGUGAGGGAGCUCCUUGGCCAUAUCCCUAUUCAUAUCCGCCGCCACCUCCUCCACAAUCGAUGGAUGGAAAGCAGGCAGAAGGAUUUCCACCAUAUCCCUAUUACUACCCAUAUUAUCCGCCUCCCUUGCCACCUUAUGGACAACAACCCGGGGAAGCUCAGAUACCGCCGGGCUAUCCUCAGUUCCAUGCCAUUCCACCAUAUGGUCACCCGUAUCCCUAUCCAGUGGCUCCCAGUUACAGUCAGAGUUCCACCGAAGAGAACAGAGCCAGCAGUGUUCUACCGGAUAUAAUCAUCACUCCCAGUACCGAUGAUAUACCCUCGCAGGUCAUAAUGAAGCAUCACAUCCGAGUGGAGCCACGAGAGCCACCAAAGCGGGCGCACUCUGUGGAAAUAGAGGAGGUAGUCAGCAAACCGAAAGCCCGGAAUAUUUGCAGCAACAAUCACGAGGUCAUCGAUGUGCUGAGCCAACGAUUGGCCAAUAUCAACAAGAUUGCCAGUGGCAACACCCAGGCGAAUCUCUCCAAGCAGCUACAGAAAAACUAUGCAGGUGAGCAAGCCAAGGAACUGGGUGACAGAUCCCCCAGCGAAAAUGCCUCCAACUCGGAUAGCGAAUCAGAGGAAGAGAGCAGCGAUGACGAAGAGGAUACCCCUAAGAUGGGAACUCGUCCCGCUCCCUUACAGUCCAUUAAGUCGGUGACAAAUGUGCAGGUGUACAAGGGUAAAACACUUGAGCAGCAUUUGGACUCCGAGAGCAGCGAUGAUGAAGAUGAUGUGACUACAGCGGAUGAAAUGUACGAUGAAGAGGAACAGAUGGAGGAGGAGCAAGAAGGAUUGGUCGAGGAAAUGGAAGAUGAUUACAUUGUCGAAGAGGAUCUUAGUGUUAUAUACGAGGAAGAGAGCGAACUGGAACGCAGCAGUGAAUAUGCCAAGACAGUCAUUCGAAAGGAUGACUCCCGAUCCACCAUAGUUGAUGAUAUAGAAAAGCAAAUCGAAGAAAAUGAUGAUGAUGAUGAUGACGAGGAGUCCAACUCGGUAACAGUGCGUUUGCCACUCCGCUUCUCUUUCAGUCGCAGUUCGAAUGAUGAAAACAUUGCCACUGUAGAAGUAGGUAAUACAACUCAGAUCGAAGAAAAACAACCCAUCAUCGCAAGCACGUUCAGCGUGGCCAAGGUUGAAAGUGAUGAUGAGGAUGAUGACUGUGAGGUCAGUGUGACCAUCAGUUUGUCGAACUCUUCGCGUUCCAAUUCGGUGGAGAAGGUUACUCAACCCUAUCGGCCCUCCAACGCAUAUCCCGUGGAGGAUAUAAGUACACCCAUCAAAACUAGUGAAGAUGAUUUUUCUACAUCGUUCUCCCUUGGUAUGCGCAACAAAUUCAUGGGUGAAACAAUUGCCAAUGAUGUAACUAAUAAUAUAUCCCGGGAUCAGGCAAAACCAAAGAACGAUGCAACCGAAGUUGAAAGCUCCCCAAAAGAGGAAUUCGACUUCUUUGCCACUUUGAUGGCCACCAAAAUGCAGGCUCAGAAAAUGAUGGAGCAGUCUAAGAACUUUUGGAAAACUCCUGACCCUAAGCUGGUAGAACCCGAAGCUGAGAAGCCAAAACUUCGACCCAAGGAGAAUAUUCCUGAGACAAAACCACCAAGACCCAUUUCUGGUGAUAUGUCCAAGACCCAGGCCUCGCUGGAGGCAGCCAAGAAUAGCUUCUGGUCCACCUUCGCUACGACCUCAAAGGAAACGGAACCCAAAGCAGAGCAAGAAGAUGCAGCUGAGGAAGUCGACUUCUGGGCAAGCAUAGAAAAAAAGGAAAUCUCUAAUAAGGAAGAAAAACAGUGGACCAAGAAAAAGAAGACCGUAACCUAUACUCCUUUGAAGAAAGAGGCAGUUACUACGGUGGAGCAUUGGACAACAACGUUCAGGGCUCAGUUGGAAUCGUUACCAAUCCCCCAAAAGGCUGAAGUACAUUUUGUAGUUGAGGAAAAGCAAAAAGAAGUUGAACAACGACAAGAAGAGAAUCAGGGUGAAGAAGAGGAUUUCUGGGGCUCAGUAAUUAAGGAUAAGAUGGAAAACACAGCCAGUGCGACGUGGGAACGCACAGAAUACAACUUAGAACCCUCUCAGGGAGUGACAGAUCAACCCAAGCAACAAGAUGAGGACAACGUUGACUUCUGGGCCGAAAUUGAAGCAUCUAAUACUUACGAAGAUGAAGAAAAGCCCAAGAACCUUAGCUAUGAUCCCACAAAAUAUCCUGAAGAGCCUCGCGAAGUGGAUACUGAUGAGGAGAUUGACUUCUGGGCCGAGUUAGAAGCUAGACGCAACCCAGGUGAAGACGACGACGAAGAUGUCACGUUCCAUAAAUCGGCAACUUUCUGGGCUCGCAAAGAACGACAGAAUUCUGUAGAGGAAACCCCUUACAAGCCUGUGGAAAUCAAGGCUUUCAGAGCUAAAUUGCCCGAUGAAGCAGCAGUUGAAAUUGAUGUUUGGGCCACCUUAGAAGCAGCCAGAGGUCACGAGCCCGAAAUUGUUGAUCCCGCGGUGGAAGAGGAAAAGGUUCUAUCCGAGCAAUUUGAGGAACUUGAACAAGAGACCUCAGAUGAGGAGGAGGAGGAUGAGGAGGACGCGCAGGAAGAGCUAGAGCAGAAGCCUCGGGAAGAAGUCCAGGAGAGCAAUCUCAGCCAUAUGGACACCAUGUCUUUGGCCUCGAUGCACGAGCCGCCUACAGUCUAUACAUGGGCUACACCACCACAGGAAGCGGAAGAUAAUGAGGAGGAAACUGAUUUCUGGGCAGACAUGGAAAAGGAACGAUCCAAGAAAGAACAGUUCGAGGAGGCGGAGCAGAAACGACACAACUACCGACAGGCCAUGGCCUUCUUCAACACCUCGAUCGAUGGCCAGCACUCACCGCCACAACAAAAUGCCAGUCCCAAUCGCAGCAGUGUUAUCCGGGAAGUCGAAGAGCCACAAGAAGUGAACCUGGGACUACCUGGUGAGUACCAGAUAGUAGGCGAGGAUGGCGUCGUCGUGGAGGAGCAUAAGCCGGAGAUAACAGAAACAGAGGAAGAUGAGCGAGGUGCUGCAACUCCAACCAAUAUGGAGCCACAACUACCAGAGGUCUAUGUGGAGCCCGAGCCGGAAGUAAAGCGCCUUGUCAACGGACUUCCUGAUCUUGGCGUUGAGAAGUUUAGCGAAAAACCCAAGAUAUCGGUGCGUGCCAGGAUUAGUGCAUUUGAGGUGAUUCCCUCGGCGACAAGUGAUGGCGCCAAGGGACUAACCAAGCAAUCCCUAUCAGUGGAUAGUGCCUAUGGUAAGGGAACCCUCUCGCGAAACAGCAGCACUCAGCGUUCCGAGUCGGAGAUUGAGGAGGACGACUCCGGGGUAACGGACAUGAAUCGACAGCUGUCUGAGACGGACACAGAGUCCGAGAGUUUUCCGGAGUUGCGCAAGAUGACCAGCUACCAGCGGGCAGCCACACAUUCCAGGCUCUUUAAGCUGCUGCAGGACGAAAACGAUGUUCCGGAGGCGGGAGCACAACCCGCCGAUGAAUUUCAGUUCAAGCCCAGUCGCAGGAAGAUUGUCCAUAAUGUGUCCAUUACCAGACGACAAAAUCCAGGAGCUUUGAAUGAUGCGGAGACCAUGACGCAGCGCAGGGAACGACUUUCACUACCGCUUCGCAAGAAUACCAGCAUAGAUGCGGACAAUCCCUCGACCCCGAAUAGUCCUGCCUCCCCCAUAAUGGGACCGUCGGCCAAGAACCAACGCGUGGUUAGCGAUAAGUUGGUGAAUGAAUUGGUCCAGAGCCUGCUCCUCAAAAGCGACAGUUCGCAUUUGAGAAAUCUGCCCAUGGAACGUCUCCAGGCGGCCGCCAAACGAGCCCUGGUGGAGGAGAUGGACUCCGCGCAGGAGAACAGCUCGCUGGACAGCACGCCGGCACCCACGCCCAAGCAUGACAAGGAGUACUCCGACUACUACAACAGCUGGUGCGAUGCCAGUGGCAGUGGCGAGGAGGUAUUGCCCUCCAAGAGCUUCCGUGCUCUGCAAGAUCCACGACGCAGUCCCUGGACGGUGCGGUGUCCGCGAGUUCUCAGCUCCAAAACGAUAAACCGGGACUUGGCCCGGGUUACAGAGUCACCGGAAAUAGCCAAUGGACGGGGCAGCAAAAGUCCCGAAUGCUUCCGUCAGAACUCACACUCCCAGUCUCGGGAACGAUCCGUAAGCAGUUGGCGGAGAGUUUAGGAUACGGCAACGAAUUGCCUUUUGUAUAUAACAGGGCGGGUCUAUAGUCUUUAGCAGGGAUGUGAGACCGGCUCAAAUGGGAAAGAGAAUCUCGUGAGGAGAAUCUGAGAAUCGAUCGAAAUAUAAAGCGAACCUUAAUCGAAGCAGGAGAUGGUUUCACUAACUAACAUCCUAUUUCUGGUUAGUUAUUGUUAUCCAGCAUCUAGGAGGUUAGGCUAGCAGCCAAGCGCUCCAGAGCCGGAUUUCACUCCCGAACUUCUCGUAAACUAAGAAACUACUGCAUUUGGCCGAAAGAGUCACUGCCUCUGGGAAUGUGUGAUAAAAAAAGAGCCAGAUUUUGCAUUUCUCAUCUCACCAUCAUCGAACUAUUCACACACAUUGUACAUUAUGAAUAUCGAAUACACUCAACACAUUAAUAAACUAAAUCUAAUUAAACAUGUAAAUAAACCAAUUGAAACCAAUGAAAGGAAAUCAUUCAUUCGUUCGUUCGUUUGUUACCUCAGUAAAGCGCAAAACCAAAAACCAACCGAAAUCAUUUUCUAAACUUACAUGAGUAUUUCAAAAUUUGUAAGCCGUAACUCAUGAAAUCGAACCAAAUAAUAACAAGCAUAUAAAACCGAAAAAAAAAAAACAAACUAUCAAGCGCCACAAUAAACAACAAAAUAAAAACCAAUUUCAUCUCAACUCAAUGAUUUUGUAAAACUCGUUCAAAAUCCUAAGGACCUGGUCAAUCGGAUCUAUAAUUAUUUCUCAACGCCAUAGAAAUCAAUUAUAGCAACUCAACAGCAUCAUACAGAAAUCGAAACGAAACUGAAUAUUAAUCAGAUUGCUUGUUAUAGUUAUCUAGUUUAAGUACCAGACACUCCUGAGGAUCGCCACAAUCAAAUAACUUGGGAACGGGAACAAGUUUUUAGUAAAAUUUCUUUACACUAACAAACAUCAUUGUAACUGAGAAUGGAAAGUUUUUAUUGUUGAACGCGAUUUGGUAGCAGCACUAAAACCAAACAAAACAAUUCUAACACAACUACGAAGCAAAUAGCGAAAGCGAAUAUAUACUAAUCCUAAAAGUUAAGAUGAAGAAUGCAGGUGCAAUGAGGUAGCAACGAAACGAAACAAAAUCCAAGAAAUCGACUAUGCUUGAUAUGUAUCCGGAUAACACGAAAGCGCACACAUCAAACACGACUAAUAAUAUAUUAAAUAUUUUUGUUACUUGCGAACAAUAUUAUUUCAUUUAUGAAUAUUUUCUUUUGUUUGUCAUCAAUAUUUAUUCUUUUACUCAGUUCGUAUUCAUACGAACGUUCUGCACAUUUAUUUGAAUAUUAUUAUUUGAUACAUAAAUAAAUAUAUUUUGUGUUGUACAAUUUUAUAUGCAGUAAACAUUUUUAGUAAAUAAAGAAGUCAAAUCAAAAAA